AUGCAGAAGAGGCAGUGUCCUGAGAGCGUAUCCUCUGCUGAAGAUGGCUUCAGUCGCUUCGAGGAGAAGAUGAAGGUUCUGUUUGAAGAUGGCUUCGGUAAGUUGUCUGCGGCGAUGAAGUCUGGCUUUGAACAGUCUGAUUCCAAGUUCACCAUCCUGACUAGGAAGGUGAUCCGCAUAGAAAAAACAGUCCAGUCUAUGCAAGCAGCAUCAAGGCGUCCAAACACCGAACCUGUGGAACCUGACGCAAUAAUGAGAAGAACGAGCCGUCUGUUGAAGAUGGUCGAGCCGAGGAGAAGGCUGCGAAGGAGCUGCUGUUUCGGAGAAGGAUGA